GCGAAGAUGAGUCGGACACCUGAUGCAAGAGCGAGGGACAACCAGACAAGAAGGAUCCAGGAGAGCGUCACCAAUGUAGAAAAACAUUUUGGAGAGAUGUGCCAGCUUUUUGCUGGCUAUGUUCGUAAAACAGCCAGGCUGCGGGACAAGGCUGACCUCCUGGUUCGUGAGAUCGGCUUGUAUGCCGACACAGAAACGCCAAAUCUAAAGAGGGGUAUGAAGCAGUAUGCUGACCACCUGGCCAAGAUUCAAGACUACCGCCAAGCUGAGGUGGAAAGACUCGAAGCCAAAGUCAUAGAGCCAUUAAAAAGUUAUGGUGACGUUGUGAAACGUAAAAGGGACGAUCUGAAGACGACACAAAGUGCCAGAGACAGAGAAGCUAAACAGAUGGCUCAGCUUGAGAGGACCAGACAAAGAAACCCCUCAGACAGGCAGAUUAUUUCUCAGGUGUGUCCCAUAAUCCCCUACUUCCUCUUGUUUUGCCACCAGGCUGAAAGUGAGCUUCAGAGAGCCACAAUGGAUGCCACACGGACAACCAGGCAGCUGGAGGAGACCAUAGAUGAGUUUGAGAAACAGAAAAUCCGGGACAUCAAGAAAAUAUUCGGUGAGUUUGUGACAGUGGAGAUGUCAUUCCAUGCGAAGGCCUUGGAGUUGUACACCAUGGCCCAUCAGAGCAUUCAAAGUGUGGAUGAGGAGGAGGACCUCGAGGUGUUCAGGAGUUCGCUGCAUCCCCCUGACUACCAGUCACGCUUAGACAUAGUACGAGCUAAUUCUAAAACCUCCCUCGAUCGGACCGGCUCCUUUCUGAGUACUUCAGGGACUUUACAGCAACAAAGAGCUUACAGUCAGCAGACGAGAGGUGAAGAGGAGGACAACGACGACGGAGAUGAGUCUGAGGAGGAGGACGAGGAGGAGGAGGACACAGAUGAAGAAGAUUAAAUUAAAAAAAAACAGUGAAAAUGAUCUGUAUUUAUAAUCGUGCUUUUCUAGUCUUCUGUUUUGCCAUUCACACAGUGCAUCUACAGCGAGAGAUUGAACCCCAUACUCGACCUGCUCUACCAGAUGUAUUAUCCCUUUGUUUGUUUCUGUUUUUGUAAAAGAAAAGCAAUGUCAUUGCCAAAAUCCCCUCUGUUACAGGUGAUCUGAGCAGUAUUUAAGUGGUGCUUUACUGUUGUGCUGUGCUUUGUAAGCGAGCUUGUUCUUCUUGACUAAUAUUAGUUUGGUUUUUUUUGCUUCUGUAUAUUUUUAUAUUGCACACAAUGCGAAGAUGUGCAAUAUGUGGUGUCACGUCUUUAUAAAUAAAAAUGAGUUUGUUAUUUUC